CUUCCAAACACAGCCCUCGUCUUCUCCACCUUCUCUCCAUCUCUCUCUCUCUCUCUCUCUCUCUCUCUCUCUUCUGCAAAUAUAUCUUCCUAAGAAGGUUGAGAUCACAAUACUUAUUAACAAAGGAUCCAAUCCUUCACUUGUUCUUGUUUUGGUCGAAGAUAUAUAGAGGUAUAUAUAUACAUACAUAUAUAUAUAUAUAUAUAUAUAUAUAAUUCAGCAUAUAUGAAACGGGCUUUGGAGAUGGAGAGAUCAAGCUUCAGCGAAAGCAGCCAAGAAACCGGACCCGGUUCCCCUACUUCUUCCAUCUUCAACGACAUGAAACUCAUCUCUUCUCCUUCACCUAAGCGAAGCAGAAGAUCCGUACAGAAGAGACUGGUGACCGUACCGAUCAAAGACGUGGAAGGAUCGAGGAUGAAAGGCGAGACAGCUCCGCCGUCGGAUUCAUGGGCUUGGAGAAAGUACGGACAAAAACCCAUCAAGGGUUCUCCCUACCCCAGAGGGUAUUAUAGGUGUAGUAGUUCGAAGGGAUGUCCGGCGAGGAAACAAGUGGAGAGAAACCGAGACGAUCCAACCAUGAUCCUCGUCACUUACACGUGUGAACACAACCACCCUUGGCCCGCUUCUAAAACCGGCCCUAUCAAACACCGUCCUAAACCGGAACCGGAACCGGAACCGGAAAUUGUACCGGAACUGGAACUUGAACCGGAGCAAAGCAAGUUCAUGGAUCUCGGGGAGAUCGGCACGACGCCGUCGUGCGUGGACGAGUUCGCGUGGUUCGGUGAGAUGGAAACGACGUCGUCCACAAUCCUCGAGAGCCCCAUAUUCUCGUCGGACAAGAAGACCGUUCCGCCGCCGGAAAAUGCUGACGUGGCGAUGUUUUUUCCGAUGAGAGAAGAGGACGAGUCUCUGUUCGCCGAUCUCGGCGAGUUACCGGAAUGCUCGGCCGUUUUCCGGAGGCCCUUGGAGAUCUAUUAACACGUGGCAAAAUCUGAUUGGAUGAGACCUAUUGACACGUGGCGGAAUCUGAUUGGAUAAGGCUUUUCCACAUCAUGUGGAAACGUCGUACGCGCGACGUAUAUAUACAGUAUCUUUCUCGCGGCGGAUUCCUCUCCUAUAAACCUCAUUAAUUACUUAAGGAUUAAAAAAUGAAUUAUAUACAUUUCUUUUUUUUUUUCUUUGAGAAUUUGUCUUUAUAUAAUUUAUUUUUUCGUUAUAUUUAGCUAUAUAUCAUGAAGUGCAAAGUAGUUAGAUUAAUAAAAAUGGGGAAUUCUGGAUU